AUGGUGAGCGGAUUCGAAGAGCAACUCGCCGAUUGCCGCGAGGUUUUCGCCUACUUUGACAGCAAGGGUGAUGAACGGAUCUCCGUUCAGCAGGUGAUUCAAGAAAUUAUAUUCAUAGUGAUUAAAUUUUAGUGAUUAAAGAAAUUGUUUUAUGAGAUAUUGGUUUUAUUAUUAGGAAAUUGAAAUUGAAGCUAUACUCACUUUGAAAAAUAAAAUUUCCUAAAAAACAGGGGUGGGCCGUUUUUAGCCGAUUUUGAAGAUUUAAAGAAGAAAAUUCAAUGCAGAAUUAUAUUAUUCAGUGCUUCAAAACAGUUUCAAAAGUGAAAAUGAAGUUUUCUGAUGUGAAAAGUCUGAAAAUUCUUCAGUAAUGUUGGAAUUUUGCUUUAAAUUCUACAGUUUUAGUGGCUUAAAAAGCCUUUUUUUGUUGUGAAAAAGUAAUUUUUUUAAAAAGUUCAAUCAUAUUGAUAGGUGUGAGUUUCACUUUUUAGAGUUUUUUUAAACUACAUAAAAGAUGGUUUGAGAUUAAUUCUGGUCAAAAAAAUCAAAAAAAUAAAAUUUUUCCUUCAAAAUCCAUUUUUUUAAAGCUCAAAAAAAUGAUAAUUAUACUAUUUUUCUGGCUUGAAGAGAUUUUUAAUGGGAGAUGUGAGCAAGAUUAGAGGAAGUAGAGGGAAAAGGUAUAAACUUAAAAAGAGCGCUCGAAAAGAUGUAAAAAGAACGAAGAAAAGAAAAAAAAAGCAGAAUAAAAAAAGCUAAUAAAAAUUUCGAAAAGAAAACACGAGAAAAUGAAUUUCUUCAUGCUGUUUAUGCGCGAGGAAAUCAAAGAUUGAAACUUUUUUUUUUCGAUUGAUGACUCAUUGUUUAUUCUUUUUUUUUAUGUGGCAGAUUUGCAUAAAAUGAAUUUUAAUUGGUAAGAAGAAGUUUAAGACAAGGAAAGGGUUGAUUUUAGUUAGAAAUAUGUGGAGAAAAAGAGUUUUGUAAGGAAAAAAAGUGAUAUAAGCGUUGAAGGAACAGUAAAUGUACCAAAAAAAAAUGAAAAAAUCAAGGGAGCGCUAAAUGAUUUUAAGUGGUUUCUUGGUAGUUUCAAGUGGGUUUGUAAUGGUUUUUAGUGAUUUUUUGGGGUUUUGAGUGGCUUUUUAAUGGUUUUUAGUGGUUUUGAUAUGAGAUUUGUAUGAAACAGUUUUGAGAAAACGACCGAAUUUUCCAAUUUUCAAGGUCGGAGACGUGCUCCGCGCUCUCGGCCAGAACCCAACCGAAGCCGACAUUGCUAGGUGUUGCUCAUCCUAUGAGAAAGAUGCUCGUCUUUCCUUCGAAGACUUUGUUCCCAUCUUCAAGUCGGUCAACAAGAAUCGGUGGGUUUUAAAGGAACACAAUUUUGAAAAAAGUAUUAAAGCGAUAUUUUAGUGAGGACCACACGGUUGAGGAGUUCGUCGAGGGCUUGUCGCACUUCGACAAGGAAGGAAAUGGUCUGAUCAACGUCGCCGAGCUCCGGCACCUUUUGACCACUCUUGGUGCGCCUUUAAAGAUUCUUUUGAUGGUGUGGAAAGGUAUAAAAAAAGUUGAAAUUACUUAGAAACUCCAAAGGGGUCCCUAUAGGGGCCCUUGAAGCUUCCUCUUCAGGGACCUUCCCCUAAAGAGGCCACUAGAGCUUCUAAAAGUGGCCCCUGUAGGGGUCUUUGUUAUGAACUCUAUGCGAAGAAACAUUUCCAUGGGAAAAAUAAGCGUUUUUUGAAUAAUUGGAAAACCCUAUAGGGAUCACUUUACCAACUCUAUAAGUGCCAUUAAAGCUUGCAAAAGUGGUCCCUAUAGGGGACAUGCUAUUUGAUAAUUGAUAUGAACUCCAAGCAAAGAAGCAUUUCCAUGGGAAAAACUGAAUAAAUAGCGUUUUGAAUGAAAUUGAAAGACCCCUAUAGGGACCACAUAGAUUUUUUCCCUAAAUGGACCACUUUUUCGGGCCCUAUGGGGGGCUGUUUUUCCUCCCUGAUCUCUAUAGGGACCACUCUGGAGUCCCUAAGUAAAUUCGCUUCGAGACCUUUUCAAAAUUUGGCUGUGCUCUUUACACUUUUUAGACGAGAGUUUUGAAAAAAAUUCCUUAGGGAUCGCUUAAGGGUUCUGACGCCACUAAAGUGGUCACUAGAAAUGCUCAGAAACGUCCGGUACGUGUUACCAAGUUCGAAUAUUAACGUGAAAAUCCUCACGACUGUUUUUUGGGAAUAAAACUUUAGGAAAUAUCAUCUUUUUUAGUUUUAGUUUAUUUUAAAUUUAUGAGAAACGAUCCUUGUUGAAAUUCAUUAAAAAGUUACUUUUCGAGAUCGUUUAUCGCAGUUAUUUUGAGAAACCUUUGGAAGAUACGUUUUAGAAAUGAUUUAUAGGUAUUAACUUAUAGGAAGUUUUGUUUCGAUCUCCGUGCCAAUUUAAAUUUGUCAAAAUAAAGUUGCCGUGAUUCGUGCAGAGCAGUGUGAACCCUAACGACUGAUUUUGGGUGUAAAAUUCUUGAAAAUAUCAUUUUUUUUUUUAGUUUUCAGUUUAUUUUAAAUAUAUUAGAAACGAUCCUCGUUGAAAUUCAUCAAAAAGUUACUGUUCUUUCAAAGAAUCACAUGUUUCAGGAGAAAGACUGAGCGACGAAGACGUCGACCAACUUCUGGCCGGCCACAACGAUUCCCACGGAAACGUCAACAUUGCCGACUUUGUUCGCGCCGUCAUGAAUUCCUAA